GUGAGAGGGUUUCCUGAGCCCGAAGCUGUCACGUUGUGUCUCUAGGUGUUCAUGCAGGGGCUGAGGUUAGGUAUUCAACCCUUAGUGUUUGUGCCCGCUUUAAAUUGGUAUCUUCAUUCUGUGCAAUCUCUUCCCUUUAUGAAGGUGGAGGUGGGUUGGAUGCCCAAUCCAGUAAUGGAUAUGAAUUUUGAUGUCAUCUUCCAGGCCUAGCUCAUCGUAUGAGGAAAGAGUCUGUGAAUUGAGUUAUUCUGUGCAAUCGCUUCUCAAGGCUCAGUAACAUGAAGGACAGAUUGCCAGUUUCCCCGAAGUUAACUCCAAGCUGACUUCUCACUGCAAAUGGACAGUUUGUCAAAGAUGAGUCUAGGUGAAGCAGCUUCUUGCUAUCUCAACUAUGGAAGGCCAAAUUUGUGCUAACUCAGAGAUUUCUGUGGAAAAAACUCCAGGAGCAGGUCCUCCAUCCUUCAUUGCUUUGCUGAAGGUAUAUCGAGAACUUCUGGUCAGUCGAAUCCGAAACACACAGUGUUUGAUUGACAACUUGAUUAAGAAUGACUACUUCUCCACUGAAGAUGCAGAAAUUGUUGUCCAAUUUCCAACUCAAGCAGAUAAGGUUCGCAAAAUUCUAGACUUGGUUCAGAGCAAGGGUGAAGAAGUCUCAGAAUAUUUCAUCCGUGUCCUGCAGAAAGUCACUGAUGCUUACUAUGAACUGCAGCCUUGGCUGGAUGAAAUUGGUUACAAGCCUUCAGAAAGUAUUUGUAGUAAACCUGUGGUAAAUACAGAUCCAGUUAGCAGGUAUCGCCAGAAACUCAGAUAUGAGCUGGGACGGGACUCCAAGUUUGUUAUGUCAUAUGCUCAGAGGGAGGAGAUGCUGCUUGAAGAAACCUACACUAACAGUAUCAUGGAGCUGGUCAGUUUUACCAAUGAGAGUCUAGGCAAAGUGUGUCAACUAGAAGCCCUUUUUGAUGAUGCAGUUGGGCUAAUUAAUGAAGAUGGAGAAACCAUUUAUGUCUUUGGUGACGCAGGAAUUGGAAAAUCCAUCUUGCUGCAAAAAAUACAAAGCCUUUGGGCCAGACAAGAAUUUGACAUAGGGGCCAAAUUUUUCUUCCGUUUCCGAUGUAGGAUGUUCAGUUGCUUUAAGGAAGAUGAAGCCAUAUGUUUGAAAGACCUGCUCUUCAAAUAUAAUUGCUACCCAGACCAAGACCCCGCAGAGGUGUUCCACCACAUCUUGCAAUUCCCUCAUACGGUUCUUUUCGCAUUUGAUGGCUUUGAUGAGAUCUAUUCCAACUUUGAUCUCAGUAGUGUGCCUGACAUGUGUUCACCCAAUGAACCCAUCCAUCCCCUGGUGCUGCUGGUAAGCCUUCUCAGAGGGAAGCUUCUUAAGGGAUCCAAGAAAAUUCUUACAGCGAGGACAGGAACCGAGAUCCAAAGAAACAUCAUUAGAAAGAAGGUGUUGCUCCGUGGUUUCUCCAUCAGUAACCUGAAGGAAUACACUGCUAUGUUUUUCAAAGAUGAGGGGCAACGAACACUGGUAUUGAACCAGUUGGAAGCCAACCCAAAUCUCUGCAGUUUGUGUACAGUUCCUUUGUUUUGUUGGAUUAUCUUUAAAUGCUAUGAACACUUCCAUUCCAUGUUUGACAGCCAUGAGCUUCCAGACUGUUCUGUUACACUGACAGAUGUAUUUUUGCUCAUGAUUGAAGUCCAUCUGAACCGAUCUCUGAAAACAAGUUUGCUGAAGAGCAACACCAGGAGUCAAGCAGAGGUGUUCAAAUCAAGAAGGGAAGCUCUUCUAGCUUUGGGUAAAAUGGCAUAUAAGGGCAUGGAGAACUCUUUCUUUAUCUUUGAGCAGGAGGAGGUCUCAUCAUCGAACAUCUCUGAAGGAGAUUUGCAAUUGGGCUUUCUCAGGACAGUUAAAGGUUACAGUGGCUGUGACAGUCAGUCCACUUACGAGUUCUUGCACUUGACCCUUCAGUCUUUUUUCACAGCUUUGUUCCUGGUUAUCGAAGAGAAGGUAGGUGCCAAGGAGUUGCUUCAGUUUUUCAAUGAAUGUUCUUCCACUGAGACUGCCCAGCCUACUUGUCUUCGUAUUCCUUGGCUGAAGAAACAACUAGCAGGGGAGGAUCCUUUCCGAAAUAAUGAACACUUCCAUUUUACCAACCUGUUUCUUUGUGGCCUGCUUUCUAGAUCCAAGCAGAAGCUCUUCAGGCAUUUAGUUUUGCCUGCAGUCAUUAGGAGGAAGAGAAAGACACUCAUCACAUACCUUGGGGAGAGCAUGAAAUCCCACCUGAAAGGCCUCACUCGGUCCAGGCUGCCAAACUACAACCAGAUCCAGGUCCAGCCCAACUUUGUUUGGAUGCUGCGGUGCAUUUAUGAGACUCAGAAUGAGAAAGUGGGGAAGUUGGCUGCCAAACACAUGCAUGCCAAUUACAUCAAGCUCACAUACUGCAAUGCCUACUCUGCUGACUGCAGUGCUAUUUCCUUUGUUGUGCAUCACUUUCGGAAGCGCCUGGCUCUGGAUUUGGACAACAAUUACAUCAAUGACUAUGGAGUAAAACAGCUGCUGCCUUGUUUCAGCAAGCUUGCAGUGAUCAGGCUCAGUGUAAAUCAGGUCACAGAUCAUGGAGUAAGGAUCUUGUAUGAAGAGCUCUCCAAGUACCAAAUUGUGACUUUCUUGGGCUUGUACAACAAUCAAAUCACUGAUGUUGGAGCCAAGUAUGUUGCAAAACUAAUUGAAGAGUGUUCAAGCCUUGAAUAUGUUAAAAUAGGAGCAAACAAAAUAACGAGCGAAGGAGGGAAGUGCCUUGCCCAGGCCAUCCAGAAGAGCAAGACAAUGUUUGAAAUUGGGAUGUGGGGUAAUCAAGUUGGAGAUGAAGGAGCAAAGGCAUUUGCAGAGGCCCUGAGGAACCACCCCAGGUUAACAAACGUGAGUCUCGCGUUGAACAGCAUCACAACAGAGGGAGGCAAAAGUAUUGCUGAAGCUAUGAAACACAACAACUCUGUGAAAAUAUUCUGGUUGACUAAAAACGAGCUGGAUGAUGAGGCAGCAAUGACUUUUGCAGAGAUGCUGAAGGUCAACAAGAAACUGGUGCAUUUAUGGCUUAUCCAGAAUAAAAUUACAGCCAAAGGGGUGAAGUACCUCAGCGAAGCUCUCAAGGAGAACACGGCUAUUAAAGAAGUCUGUUUGAACGGGAACCUGAUAAGCCAAGAAGAGGCCAAAGCUUUUGAAAAUGAAGAACGGAUCAUUUGCUUUUGAAUGAGGGUUUUCCCGUUGUGACAAGCUUCAUGUUACCAAUGUUUCUCCUACAUUUGGACUGCAGAGUUUAUAAAGGCAUAAAUCUGCAGUGCUCACGGCAGGAGAGAGUUACAUGAUUAACUGCCUUGUAAUGAACAUGCUGCGCUCCCUCAGCUCCAUCCCUUACCCUGCCUGCUAUUCAUAAUCCUUCUGGUGAGUGGGAAGCUGCCUGGGUAAAUAAUUAAUGUUUGUGUGGUGAUUUGAAGAUGAAAUGCAAAGCCUUAACAGGUCAACUCCACUGGCAGGUGUAUACAUUUUGAUAACUGAGUUUAGAGUUACUCUGUACACUGAUGUAAAUAACCUCUAACUUAUUUAUAUACAUAAAUAUACAUACACAAAUAUAUGUAUAUAUGCAAGAAGGGGUACGAGAUGCACAAACUCGACAAGUUCACAGUAUUAUCUGCCUCAUAACUGAAAAUGAACAUCCAUAGCUUUACUGGAAACAUAAUAGUUGCAUGAUACCAAUGUUUUCAGCAUGAAUACCUAUCUCCUUCCUAGAAAACAGGCUCUUAUUCCUCCAGUGACUACAGACAGGAUUGUAGACACUGCUUUGUUUUUUUAGGGUUUGGGGUUUUUCAAUCAUCUGGUGUGGUUUUUUUUCUUUUAUACAACCAGAAGUCCUCACUGCCAUCACUGUAGAUGCAUAACACUGGCAAGUAAAGCACUUGUGCUUAACGUUUCCUGAGGGCUACACAGAAACUGCUACCUCCUGUUUUCACAGUGUUUGUUCUGGGGAGAGGGGCUGGAGAUAAAUGUGAAAUAUUAAUUAGCAGGCUGUUCAUUGCCUUGGCUCUGGGCCUAGACACUAUGCUGGUGGCAAUACACCAAUAUUAAGUUGCUUGGCUUCAGUGGUGAGAAAGGACAAUUGGAAAUCAAUUGCAUCAGGUAGAAAUCCCUUGUCCCAGCAACAUGUAAGCACAGAGAGGGACUGAGAUUCGCUUGGAAACCUUUUAUCCAGUGCUCGAAUUAGUGGCAAGAGCCAGGCCAGAUAGCAAUGAUAAGGAAAUCAUGGUAGGACUAGCAAGAAAACAUUAUCCCCCUCAAAAUGAUUAGCAUUUAGGGAGUGUAACCAUUAAGUGCCCUUAAAAGAAACCAGUUUGCAAAAGAGUGGGGAAUUUGAUUAUUGUGUGAGUGUGUGUGUGUGCGUGCAAAUCAGGCAUGCUUUAUAAAGGUAAACCCAAAUUUUAUCCCCCAGUGUGUACAAGGAACCUAAAAUGGAAAAAGCAUGAUCCAUUUUCCUUCCUUCUCCUGUGUUAGCACCCCUAAAAAAACUUUGAGAAACAUUUCUCCAGUGCUGAGGAACCCACAAAACCUUGGUAGGCUGGAAGAAGAAGAAUCUCCAGUUAAAAUGCCAGACCCACAAACCUUUGCCUUCUCAUCUCCCAAAUCUGCCCCCUAAGGCAAAACAUGAAAGAGGGCUUGCUGUGUAGGUCGGAGUUUCUCCAUUUCUUACAGGGUAGCAGACCUUUCUCUUUCACAGUCCCCAGUUAUGUCUGCUCCCUUCAGCUCCCCAACACAUUUUUAAAUACUCAUAAAGCUUUUCACAAAAUCUGCAGUUAAAAAAAACCAAACAACACAAAAAAAAACCCAGCAAAAGCACCCCUUUGUGUUCAUUAUUUUUCAGUGAAUUUCCUCCCUGUCCCCAUAUCAGCACUGAUGUUUUUCACAGGGAGACAGAUGAGGCUUUUCGAGCGUGCCAGAGGAAAGUCAGCUAACUCGAAAGGUUUCUGCACCUGAGCCAUUUGUUUACUGAAACAAAGUACAUGCAGUUAUGGAUGAGAUGGAUUUCAAUUGCAAAAACAUCUGCCAAAGCCAGGCCUUUAAAGACUUCUCAGCAACUUUAACAACUCUGAUGUCCAUGUCAAAACGUCAUUCCUGUUUUGCCAGCCUGGUCUUGCAGAGGGGAGGAGGCACUGGUGCAGGAAGGGCCUUAACCAGAGGUGUCAUUUGCCUGUGUGGAGGGAAGUGUGCUCCCGGUUUGCUCUAUUCAAGGAAUAAUUUGCUCUUUUACCAGGUAGAAAACACAGUUUAAAACUCCAGCUCCUGUCCUUAUUUCACUGAUAGACUAAAGCAGUACAAAGUAUCCCUGACAGCUCCCUCUGGGCUUUCCAAGGCAGACACUUCUGCCCCUGUUUUGGUUUACAGCAGCCUUCGGAGACACUUGUAGCGUGACAACAACCUCAACUGUGUUGCAAAUCCUGUUACAUGCCCAGCUGUUAGAAGCCCGGCAUCCACUGCAUGUCGUUUCAGAGACUGGAGCAUCUGCAGGGCUGCAGUGGCUGAACAUGGCCUCAGGGCAAGCGGUGCAGGAUCAAGCCCAGCUCCAUGUAGGACAGAGUUUGGCACCUAUUAUGGAUGGUGCCAGUGAUCACACCAGUCACAGCCACUCAUUCCAGCUCGGUCUGGCUUUGACAAGACUGAGGGGUUUCAGUGUCCUGCUCCCAGCUCACCCAGGGCAGAGGGUCUGCUUCAUGCAGCACAUCACGGCUUUGGGAAUUGUGCUGAGGAAACAGGUUGCUGCUCUGGGAGCAGCUGGAGUUUCCUUGUUCACUGGCACAGCAUUUCAGGCUGAGGUUUUUUCGUUGUAGUCCUACUGGGCUGUUUGUAGAGCCCAUCAGAGCAACAUCAGCAGUUUGCACCAAGAGCCUUGUUUACUGGAAUUCACAGACAAUGGUAACUUUUUUUAGGACUUACUUAUAAUUUGCUAAGGCAUUCUCUGUGUGCCAUGUUAUGUUUUUUUUCCACUUGUCCACUGUGAUAAUAAACAGCUUUUUAAAGAACCUGA